CUCACCGUUUCCUCUUUCUCCUCCACCUCUUUUCUUCAACACAAUGACCGAUUCCAGCCAGUCAGACCCUGCUCAAUCUAUUCCCUCUGUAAAAGACAGCGAUGAGCAUCAACAAGGGAGAACAGGACCUGGCGCCUCCCAGGUCCUCAAAUCCCCUAGAUGGUACGAUGGGAUAACCUGGUCUCCAGAGGUUCUAGCGGCCUUUGUGUCUCUGAGCUCAUUUUCGAUUUUGAUUGUGAUCCUCCACCACUACGAUGGUGUCUCGGCUACGACAUGGCCAUUCGGCGCGUUGACACUCAAUAGUCUGGUGGCCGUACUUGCCACAGCGACUCGCGCGGCGCUGUUAGCCCUGUUAUCCAGUGCCCUUAGCCAAGGGAAAUGGCUUUGGUAUACCGGGAAAGACAAAAAGCGCCGGCUUAGAGAUAUCGAUGUCUUUGACCAGGCAUCACGAGGCCCCUUGGGAAGUCUCGGGUUUUUGUGGAACCUCCGCGGAAUCCAUCUGGCCACUUUUGGCGCCAUCAUGACGAUCCUAACUCUGCCAUUCGAUAUAUUCUCACAACAGGUCCUUGCCACAAAGACUCGUUCUGUCACGGUGCAUCCCACCUCGGCGGCCGGGCUGGCCAACAUUCCCCGAGCGGAACUCUUCACUGGGGAUACUGAGUCGAAGGUCGAUGCAGCACUCAUGGGCCCUGGUCUGUCCAUGGUUUCAGCCUGGUACGCUGGACUCCUUGCCUUCAAUGCCACAGAGAUACGGCCCACCUGCCCAACAGGCAAUUGUACCUGGCCCAUAGUUUCGUCUCUGGCCGUGUGUGGCCGGUGCACAAACGUCACGGCAGAUGUCACGUAUACCCAGGACUACGACACUGCGAAAAGUAUGUGGAGAAACUAUACCCUGCCGGAUGGCAUGCGGCUCGCGAAUCAUCUCAAUUCAGAUGAGGAUGUCAGUCAAAUGGCUCUACUGCAGGCGUCGUGGGCCAACGAAAGCUAUCCGAACCUGAAGUAUCCGUCGCUGGCGCAGGACCCACAGAAUGGAUACUUGAUGCUGGCCCACUUUGAAACGAUCAGUCUGACAGACCCCGGAUAUGGGGACUGGACGGGCAAUCAAUCGCUUGCCACGGAGUGUGCGCUCUGGUUUUGUGUGCGAGCGUACAACAUUUCAAUGACCAACGGCCAGCUCACGCAACGCAUCGUCGGCGAAUGGAGCCAGGUGAAUCCAGGAGCCGCCCGGGAGUACACAGCGCCAGGAAAUUCCACCUCGGCUGCAGACGGCUCCGAUGUGAUGUUGCGCUUCACGCAGCCCCCCGCCGAGUUCAACGUGCCCGAGGGAACGAACUUCGUCGUGGGCGGGAGCGUCGCCAACGUCUUCUCGACCCUGGCGUCCCGCUCAUUCCCCAUGCAAGUCUGGGGCGUGAAUGCCGACCAUGCGAAGACGAACCAAUCGGCCGCCUUGUGGAACUACAUUGGCCGCAUGGAUGCCUACAUUGGAAAUUUCGCCGCGAUCUUGACGCAGACGCUCCGGACCAGCUCGCCGACAUCCCCGUUUACCGAUACCUAUUACCUUGGGACGGCGUGGAAAGACGAGGUGUAUGUCCAGGUGCGCUGGGCCUGGUUGGCGUUUCCGGCGACCAUGAUCUUGGGCGGGUGUGUGGUGAUUCUUGCCACGGUCUGGCGGACGGACAGGAGUGUGGUCGGGGUGUGGAGAUCGAACUCGCUGGCCCUGCUCCUUACGCAAGUCUCCACUCGCGUACAAAAUGCAGCGACAGGCGCUAUGGGUGUAGAGACGGAGGAUUUGGAUCUUCGGGUUGGCGACGAACGAGUGGCGUUGGCAGAAGUGGAUGGCAAAUGGCAUUUCAACUGACAUGUAUGAUGAUGAUAAUGCAGCAAGGCCGGCACCAUUCAGCCCUCCGAGCAUAAGCCUCCUUUUGUGGACGGAAUGGGCAGGAUCAUCACCAUCAAGCAUCAAACCGUGGAAAUCCAACACGACAGGUGGGUUGUGCAACCUCGCGCAACUAGCUGCUUAUAGCCUAGCUUGUCGACUACUGCACGUCCCUGAGGGAGGCGAAGGCGACUACUUUAGCCUAUGGACAAGCUCUUGGCAGAGGGACUGCUGAUGACUGCGUAAUAUUGUUUAUUGAACUAGUUGAUCUCUUCCCUUCCCUCGCUUGAAUUUUGGGUUGGCCCCACCCUUUUCCC